AUGGUUACUUUGGAGGAGGCUCAUUUAAUUGUAAAGAGAUGUUCUGAUGAAAUACGAAGUCGAGGUUUACAUGAAGUCGACAUCUUCAAGCCAAUUCGCAUUGGUGACAGCGUGGAUGAGGUCCGAGAUCUCAUAAGCUGCCUGUUAUGCGACAGUCGAACGGAAUAUGAAGAUAAAAUCGGAUCUCAAAAUAUUCACGUCGUAGUUUCGGCAAUGAAAUGGGCCCUUAGGCAUUGCAAUACGAUACUAGUUCCUUACGAAUAUUAUGAUGAAUUUGUCAGAUACGAACAAGAAUGGGAUUAUGAUCCAAGCAAAGGUUCUUUUAAUAAAUUUUUAAAUUAUUUACCAAAACAAAAUCAAGUCAUAUUAUGUGAUAUAUUUGAUAUUUGCGCCCAAGUAACGGCGGAAUCUCAUAUAAAUAAAAUGUCUGCUGAAAGGCUUGUAAAGACAAUAGCACUUUGCAUCCUUGGUGAUCAAGAUAAAAGUUUACUAAGUUUUGGUUCUGCCUAUGAUGAAUGGGCGAAAUGUUCCGCGGCGUGUCAUCAUUUAUUCUUAGCUUAUUUACGAGAGAAAUCUGUUUCAACUGAAUUGAAUCCUCGAUUAACUGUAUUACUGGAUAAUUAUGUGGAGUAUAGAAAGAAAUCCGUUACAUCUGCCUACUUUCAAAUGCCUUUACCCGAAAAUACUACAAUAGCUGAAUUGGAUGGUACACCUAAACAAAUUAAUAGGCCUCGUAAACGUUCGAUCGUGACAUUUGCCGAGACAACCGAAAUAACUGAAAAAGUCAAAACGACGAUGACCUCUUCAAAUGCAAGGCCAAUAAGUAUUUUAAGAGUGACCCGACAAGUUCCAACGACAAAAUCUGAAACCAAGAGACAAACGAGAAAUUUUACAACCUUAUUACCUGACAUUAUGGACGGUAUGAAACGUAAAACAAUAGUUCGUCCAAGUACCAUGAUGACCGUGAAAGAAAAACAAACGGCUGAAGAAAUGUGGAGCGAAUUUCAAAAAAAUGGAAUUACCGCAAUGUCUGAUGAAUUCUUGAAGUUAUUCUUUUCACUUGACGACAGAUCCGCGGGAGACACAAAUAGCAACAUAAGUGAAAAACAAUGGAGUCAAUUCUCAAGAAAAGGUUUCAAGAGUGUUUACGUAGAACCAUUACCUAAAGAUAAUGUUUCUGAACGCGGGUCAAGUGAGACAAUGAAAGAGCAAAGUUCUAAUCAAGAAAUCUCUUUAUCAAGAAAUGAUUCUGGUGUCUCUGGUGUCACAUUGCGUCAAACUGUUGUAUGGGAUGAUUUCUCAAAGAAAGGUUUCCGAAAUUCCGAUGGUAAUAUGUCAACUACUUUAACAAUCAAUUCAAUUACCCAAAGCGAAAAAGAGAAUCUGGAGAAGGAAAAAACGAUAGGAAAAGUUAUCAUUCCUUCCGCUGAAAGUAAUUCAAGAAAGAAUAGUAAAAGUCGAAAGAAAAUGGUUAAAUUCCGUUCUUUGAAACCUCGAAGGGCCAGAUCUUUUGAAUCAACUCCUAGGGAAAUUGAGUUUGACAAUGCGGAAGAAGAUUGGGAGGAUUGGGAUAUCAUUGAUCGCGCACUUGAUUUACCCGUCACAACUCAUUUAGCCAUUGAAACCAUCGAUGAAAUUUUCCCUUAUGUUUGGAUGGAAACUACAGCCGCAGAACAGGGAGAUAAAUGGGGUGAAUGGGUAUUCAUUGAACCGAGAAAAGGGUUGAUAAAUGAAUGCGAAUGGGUUAUGAUCGAAGAAAAAUCUCAAGUAUUCUCCGAAUGGGAAACAACAAAAACGUAUACACGAAGGAGAAAGAUGAGUGCUUUUAGUACUUUCAGUACAUUCAGUAUCCCAUGGGUCAGAGGUUGUUCAAAAUCAAGACCCGUUAGCAAAAUGACCUCAAGAAUGUCUAAAUUUUCCUGCGCUUCAAGUGUAAUGCCAGCUCUUCCGGCCGUUUGGGCAAUGUUCGAUCGUUCAAGACCUGAUGACAACUUAGUUACAACGAAUUAUAAAUUCAAAAAUAAACCAACAAAUCCAAAAGCUUUUGCGUAUCAAGCAGCACAACUUCGAGAGUCAAUCAUGCAAACCGGAUUUGAUGAUGGCGCUAAAACGAUGUCAAUGUUGCAAUACGAGAGCGAAGAACAAUAUGUUGAGGGUCAAUAUUAUGAUCAAUAUGAUGAAUACGAGGAUGAUUACGAUUAUGAAAAUGAUCCAACAGGAGAAAAUGGAUAUAAUACGGAUCCAGGUUAUUAUGGACAAUAUAAUGAAUAUCAAGAAGAAUAUUGGGAAGGGGAAGAGGAUAAUUAUUAUAAUGACCAAGAAUAUAAUGAUCAAGAAUACGACGAUCAAGAAUACAAUGAUCAAGAAGAAUACAAUGAUCAAGAUUAUAAUGAUCAAGAAUAUAAUGAAAAAGGUGAUUAUAAUUAUGACCAAGAAGGAUAUUAUACUGAAGAAGUCGAAGAACAAUAUUCAGCUCCAACUCCAGGAAGCUUUGUAGCGCAACGUCAAAUGAUGCUACAAGGAGAAAUUCCAGCCAUACCAAAGAAAAAGAGUAAUUUUUACGGACUUUCUUAUGAAAAUAAUUACAAAAACAGUAAAUUAUUUCCCAUGCAAGCAGCAGAACCGUUAGGAGUUAGACUUGCAGCAUAG